AUGGGCCAGAAACCGCCGUCACUACCGUGCCAAAUCAUAUAUGGAUCAUCAUCCUCGAAGCAGCGCCUUCCUCCUUUGUUGCCAGCUUUCCAUAUUCCCUAUGAAGGGCGUGAUGUCAUGUUUGAUUUGCCUAGAGACGGACACUUUGGAUGGUUGGGGUUCAACUUGUUCCAUGACGAGACGUUACGGUGUACAUCGCAAGUUUCAUGUUCCAUUAGCAUCAAGGCGAGUCAAUUCUCCCGUUAUUCCGUAUUACCAGGCAACGUCUUGCGUGUUGUAGGUUUUACCUCAAUUGACUCAAUGGUAUCCCUCGAGCCUAAAAAUUUUGUUUCCAAGACCUCGCAUCAAGCUUUCUCAUAG